AUGACAGUACUACAGUACAUUAAGAAUGAAUCCAAGCGAUUCCACACGUACGUCGCCAACCGGAUAGCUGAUAUUCGUGAUGCCACCAGUCCCAACCAGUGGAGACACUGUCCAGGAGUGUCGAACCCAUCCGACUUUGCAUCAAGGGGACUUUCCCCUCAGAAACUAGCCAGUCAAGACGGAUGGUGGAAUGGCCCAGAGUUCUUGUGGCAGGAUGAGGACCAGUGGCUGAAUAGUGAAGUCCAACCACUAGCAGAAUCUGACCCUGAGGUACGCAAGGGAAGUCAGCAGGUCUGUCAAGUCUCGACAAGGGUCAAGGACACUGAGAUGGUAGCGCCUGAACAGCAUGGAUUGAGCCGUGUAAUCUACUACUACGGUUCAUGGAAGUUUCUGCUGAGAAUGGUUGCCUGGUUGCUACGGUUCUGUCAAUGGAUCAAGGACAAGAAACAUGUCACUGUCCAAGGUGGCCUGUCUGUCGAGGAGAUUCAAGGGGCCGCCAGGGUCGUCUCUCGUAUUGUCCAAGCUGAAACCUUUGCCGAAGAGAUCGCCACAAUCCAAGCAGGGGAUGAAAUCAAGGAAGGGAGCAAACUGACCAAUUUGAGGCCAAUCGUCGUUGACGGAUUGCUCCGAGUUGGGGGUCGCUUAGAAAGAGCUGUCAUCCUAUCCUGGGACGAGAAACACCCAAUCAUUUUGCCUCGUGAUCACCCUGUGACUGUCAGGGUCAUGCGACAUUACCACGAGAAGCUUGCUCACGCUGGUAGAGAACAGACUCUAGCCGAGUCCAGGCUAGAGUUUUGGGUUAUCCGAGGGAAAGGACUGGCUAAGUCGAUCGUCAGAAACUGCAUCAAGUAUCGUAUUGCCAACGGGCGUGUCAUGGAGCAGUUGAUGGGACAGUUACCACCCUGUCGCCUCGUACCAUACCAACCACCAUUCACAUUUACGGGAGUCGACUUCUUCGGACCUAUGCAACUCAAGUGGGGACUCAACAAGACCAAGAAAUGUUGGGGAUGUCUAUUCACUUGCCUCAACUCACGAGCGGUGUACCUGGAAGUGGCGCCUUCAUUGAGUAUGGAUGACUUCAUCAUGGUGUUGCGUCAAUUCAUCUGUCACAGGGGGCCGCCAGAGGAGAUCAGAUCUGAUCACGGAUCCAACUUUGUGGGAGCCAAUCGGAAACUGCAGGAGUCCGUUGCUGAAUGGAAUCACGAGAAAAUCCAGAAAGAGCUACAACAGAAAGGGGUUAAAUGGGAGUUCCAUCCCCCUACUGCUGCCCAUAUGAGUGGAGUCUGGGAGAGAUUGGUCCAAUCUACGAAGCGUCAUCUCAGGGUACUUGCUGAGGACCGAUUGUUGACUGAAUUCCAGAUUAGGACCCUAUUUGCUGAAGUCGAAGCCAUCCUGAACAAUCGACCUCUUUGUGCUGUGUCUGAGGACAUCAAUGAUUUGGAGGCCUUGACACCGAACCAUUUGUUGCUGCAGCGGAAAGUGGCAGGUCUGCCACCAGGGGUGUUCACGAAGGAGGAUGGCCUCCGUAGGAAAGAAUGGAGGAAGAUUCAAUACCUGUCGGAGCAGUUCUGGAAACGCUGGAUGUCAGAGUACCUACCCAGUCUCCAGCAACGGUCAAAAUGGUUGACACCUCGGCGUAAUAUUCAGGAAGGUGAUCUAGUCAUGAUGAAGGAUGACGGAAUUCUCCGAAUUGCGCUCUUUAUCGUUUACUUCAUUCGUUUGAUGGAGUGA